AUGUCCAGGGUGAAGAGAAUUGCUAAGGAGCUGGAGGACGUCAAAAAGGACGCGUUGUCGGGCGUGACUCUUUCGCUUGUGUCAGAGGACGAUCUGUCGCACUUGAAGGGCACUUUUGUCGGGCCUCCGGGAACACCGUACGAGGGAGGACUGUUUGAGGUUGACAUCCAAAUUCCCGACGCAUACCCGUUCAAGCCGCCAAUAAUGAAGUUCGACACCAAGAUCUACCACCCGAACAUCUCGUCGCAGACAGGGGCCAUUUGUCUGGACAUUUUGAAGGACGCAUGGACCCCGAUUCUGACCCUCAAGUCGUCGUUGAUCUCUCUGCAGUCUCUGUUGCAGAGUCCAGAGCCAACUGAUCCGCAGGACGCACAGGUGGCAAAAGUGUACAUGAGCGACCCCAAGAAGUUUGCCGAGACGGCCGCCAACUGGACAAAGAUCUACGCCCCGAACGACAACUACAAGCCAGAGAAGGGGGGCUCCAACUACGACGAGUUUGUGCAACAGUCCAAGAUGCAGGAGCAGGACGAGUGCGCCAAGUACGGCAUUGACAGAGCCACCGUCCAGAUCUUCGAGGACAUGGGUUUCCCCAAGGACAAGAUCAUUGCUGCCUUGAGAAAGCUCGACCUCAAAAAAAUCAGGGUCGACGACGUCCAGACCCAGCAAAGUGUUUUAGAUGAAAUCCUUCAUUAA